AGCAACGCGCCAUGGCGGCGGGCGAGCAGCAGAGCCGCGAGUACCUGGAGCGGCACGGGCUGCCCGCGCUGCUGCACCGCCUCGCCGCGCUGCUGCUGUACCACCGGCCCGAGCGGCCGCGGCAGUUCCUGAUCCAGGUGCUGGAAGCGGUGCGCGCCGCGCGGCGCGGGGAGGCGGCGAUGCCCGGAGUGCUGGACGAGGCGGAUGUGGAGGCCGUGUUCCGGAUGUUGGACGCCGCGGGGCGCGGCUUCGUGACGGGCAGGCAGUGCCGGGCAGCUCUUAAGACGCUGGGACUGAGCACAGCAGAGCUGCGCGUCGGCGAUGAGGAGGAGAUCAGACUGCCCGCGUUCAAAGAAGAAGUGAUGAAAACGUUGCUGGAAGGAUGGACUGUGUAGUAAUUUGAACAGUGGUCUGCUCUGUAUAUUAAAAAUAGAAAAGGGUGUAUCUUCUGUUCAGGCCAGCCACCAUCACACCUAUGCUGUACCGCAUGUAUUUGGUGAACACCUACCUCCUGAUAUAUGUAAGUGUCCACUUUCUCUGCGAGCAUUUGCCAGAAUAUUUUAAACAGAGAGUGACAGAGCUGCUGUUCUAGUUGCAGCAGGCGGUCCCGUAGAGUCAGCAACAUUGGGCAAGCUGUGCUUGAUAAAGACAUUACUGCCUGCUCUGCUUGAGAUGGUAAAGAUAACCACCUGAAAGAAAUUAUCACACUGAAAUCAUUACAGUGAAAUUAUUUGUAUUACAACAGCUGAAGUUAAAACAUCACUGAAACAAAUCUUAGCUGUUUUCAAUGGCGCACAGUUUUCUCCCUUUCCAUUUCAAAGCUAAAAGUAAUCACUGAGCUGUUGUGUUUGUUUACUGAAGUAUUUUAGGAACUCCUCAUCAACCAGUCAAGAAACCUUGUGACUCUGUGAAGACAGAAGCAGUCGCUACAUGCCACCUCUAAUACUACUUUGAAGAGAACAAUUCUCAUCUAAAUUAUACUUACCCAGAAUUCUUCCUUGUUUUUUUAAGGCAAUGUGCCCACUUAUUGCAGAAGUGCUUUAGAAAACAUAAUGUUAAAUAGGCUUGAAGUAAGCAUAAAAAAAACCUUCAAAUGCUUGCUACUCUGAGCCCUUCCUAUUCAGAAAACUGAUUUUUCUUAUUUUUCUAUUCUUGCCUUUAUUUGCCUCAGCGUUUUUCACAGAAAAAAAAUUCUGCAAUAUGAGAAGAGAGCAAGCAGAUAGAAUCACCUCUCUUUUUUGUACAGCUUUGCAGCAUCUGUGACCUCUUUGAAGACAUGGUACACUUGACGACUCAACAUAUCGUGUUUCAGGCGUUCCAGGAGGUUGAUCAUUUCAUCAAAGACAGAACUCUCCAUUGAGGCCAGCUGCCCUAGCUGCAGCUGGCUGACAGCAUUGCUUUCUGCACAAACCUCCAGUUCAGCCUGCUGUAGCUGCAAGAAGAACUAGAGAAAGACAAUCAGAUAUAAGUACUACCAAAAAUGAUCUUAUUAUUUGAACUUUUUGUUUGUACUUUAACAGGUAGGUUCUAGAAAACACUCUUCUGAUGCCUUCAUAAUCUCACAAUUUUAAGAUUAUAAAAACAAUUUCCACGUGGUCCCCGUUUGUAAAAACAAAGCACUGUGUUUUAAUCCUAACAGUGUAACUGAUAGGGGUUUCAAAUGCAACAGCAGAUAGGUCAAAGGAACAGAGUCAGAGAAAUGCUAAGUAGGCGCAUUAAGACAGCAGAACGCUUUAAAACAGUCACAGUCACCUGCCCCUGCCCCAUCCCAUCUGCAGCAAUAUACUAGAAUUUAACAUUUGUUUUUGAAUUAAUGUCUUAUAUCAUAAGUUUGCUGGUAUGCCAACAGCAAGGAAAUGGACUGAGUUCAACAUAACAGCAGUAAUGGUCUCCACUUUGCUCCCAAGAACAUCAAGGUGUUGAUGCAGAUGCAGCUACGUAACAUGAAGGCUGCUCUCCCCUCAAAUCAAGAUCAUCUCCUAGAGCCACGGUUUCCUCUGAAGGUAAAAAGAAUGUGGAGGCUGCCCAUCCCACACACAGUGCCUGUUCCUACGUCUCUUACGUGUGACAGUUGGAUGACCUUGUAUUGCAAUAGUCACAGAAGAGCUGAGUAACCACUGGGCUAUUACACAGCAAAAUAAUUCACACCCCGUAACCAGUUAUCAAUGAGUGGUGUUUCUGCACACCUGAUCUGAGCCGUAAUGCAGGUACCCACACCAAAUCCAAUUAAGCUAACUUAGCACAGGAAUUCAAGAAACGUGUGUGUGCUACUGCUCUCCAUACACUCCAACUAGCAAUGGCUCAGAUCUCCAAAAUCAACUUGCUUACUUUUACAAUAUGGAGCACAUAAAGAGACCACCUUUAUGGCUAUUCAGACUAUUCCAUUCCUCAGGCCCUCUUUGCAUAUCUCUACCAACUUUAUUGUUAAUACAGCUUAGACAUCAAAUAGUAAUCUACCAAAUAUCUUUUUUAUUCAAGCUGAAUUCAUAUCUAGUUCUACUUUUUUCCAUAAUUAAUUCUUCUGAAUACAUUUAAAUAAACAAUGCUGAAAAUAACACGUUUUAUUAUGAAACAAACAAAACUAUUCAAUAUUUCAAAUAAAAUAAUUACUUACUACAUUGUCA